CUUACUUUAACACGGAAGUAAAACUGCCCAAUGUCAGGAGGUCCUGAAUCAGCUGUCAAGCCUCCUAUCUCCGGUUAGAUAAAACUCGAUAGGACCAAAGCGGUUCUUCCCAUGAAGCAAUAAGCCUGUGCUUAAACUUAUCCACGCAGUUUUCAGGUGUCCCUUUGGAAGCAUGAACUCCCUCCCUGGAAAAGCCGCUUUGUCUCUGUGCAGAGGCGCGGCUGCAGGCAGGAUGAGGGUACCGCUCGGCUCUCCGGGUCGGCCUGCGGGGGCGGUGCAGGGAGACAACACCGCUUUCCAGGCUGUGCGGGUCUGUCACUCCGGGACGAACCAGAAGUCCAACGUUUACACCAAAAAACGCGGCUAUGACAUCACCAGGAACCCCUACCUGAACAAGGGAAUGGCGUUCACCCUGGAGGAGAGGUUACAGCUGGGCAUCCACGGCCUGAUCCCUCCCUGCUUCCUCUCCCAGGAUGUUCAAGUGCUGCGUGUCAUGAAGAGCUACGAAACCCGCACUAACCCCCUGGACAAGUACAUCCUGCUGAUGACUCUGCAGGACAGGAACGAGAAGCUCUUCUACCGGGUGCUGACCUCUGACAUUGAGGAGUUCAUGCCCAUUGUGUACACUCCCACCGUGGGCCUUGCCUGUCAGCAGUAUGGACUCGCCUUCAGGAGGCCGCGAGGACUCUUCAUCACCAUCCAUGACCGUGGACACAUUGCCACCAUGCUUAACUCCUGGCCUGAGGAUGACAUCAAGGCCAUCGUGGUGACAGAUGGAGAGCGCAUCCUUGGACUGGGGGACCUGGGCAGCUAUGGGAUGGGAAUUCCGGUUGGGAAGUUGGCUCUCUACACGGCGUGCGGUGGCGUUCCUCCUCAGCAGUGUCUCCCAGUGCUACUGGACGUUGGCACCGACAACCAGGCACUUCUAGAUGAUCCUCUCUACAUCGGCCUCAAGCACAAGAGAAUCCGAGGAAAGGAGUAUGACGAGCUCAUCGAGGAGUUCAUGCAGGCCGUGACAGACAAGUAUGGGAUGAGCUGCCUGAUCCAGUUUGAGGACUUCGCCAACAGUAACGCUUUUCGUAUACUUAACAAAUACAGAAAUCGAUACUGUACUUUCAACGACGACAUCCAAGGCACAGCAUCCGUAGCUGUAGCGGGAAUCUUUGCUGCCCUGAGGAUCACCAAGGACAAGCUGCUAAACCACACCUUUGUUUUCCAGGGAGCAGGCGAGGCUGCUAUGGGUAUCGCCCACCUUUUGAUGAUGGCCAUGGCCAAAGAGGGAGUAUCUAGAGAAGAUGCGGCAAAAAGAAUUUGGAUGGUGGACUCUAAAGGUCUUAUUGUGAAGGGCAGAGGCAACCUAAACCAUGAGAAAGGCGAGUUUGCCCACGAUCAUCCGCAUCUGAAGACUCUGGAGGAGGUGGUAGAAACCAUUAAACCCACCGCCAUCAUUGGUGUGGCUGCAAUUGGAGGAGCAUUCACCGAGAAGAUCAUUAAAGACAUGGCGUCUUUUAACGAGAGGCCCAUCAUCUUUGCUCUGAGUAAUCCUACCAGCAAGGCUGAGUGCACAGCAGAGCAAUGCUACAAACUCACAGAGGGCAGAGGCAUCUUUGCCAGCGGGAGUCCGUUUGACAAAGUGACCCUGGCAGACGGACGCACCUUCUUCCCUGGUCAGGGAAACAACGCCUACGUAUUCCCAGGAGUUGCUUUAGGUGUUAUAUCCUGCAGAGUUCGUCACAUACCUGAAGAAAUCUUCCUCACUACUGCAGAGGCGAUAGCUGGCAUGGUAACUGAAGAGAACCUGGCUGAAGGAAGACUUUACCCACCUCUGAGCACUAUAAGAGAAGUGUCCUUUAAGAUAGCGGUGCAGGUUGUCAACUACGCUUACAAACACAACAUAGCUUCAGUGUACCCCGAGCCCAAGGAUAAGGAGGCGUUUGUGCUGUCACAGAGCUACAGUCCUGACUACGACUCCUUCACUCUGGAUACAUACAGCUGGCCGCAGGAGGCCAUGAAAAUCCAGGAUGUCUAAACUGUGUGUACUGCUGAGCUGUCACCUUCAGUUUCACUCCUUUUCCAGUUUGUUGUUUGUUUUUAUUUUUACUUUUCAAUAAUUGGUAGACACCUACAGGCCAAAUGGUGAGUAUUGCACUGCCCAUAAUGUCUAAGGAUUGAUUUAUUUCUAUUUUGGUACUGUACUUUUUUUUUUUUUUUUUUGAUCUGUUUCCAAAAGGCUAAGGUUAUAUUCUUAAAGCAUAUCAAAUAUCACACCUUUUCUCUCGUUUCUUUCUGCUAAGAUGUUGAAGGAUUGGCAGUUUCUGUGAAGUGUUGCGUCACAGUAUCUUUCAGUCCUUUGCUCUAUUGAUAGAAAGAAACAGCUGAAUCAGGUCAGGAUCUGAUUCUGUGACCUCAGAAGGUUUCCGCUUCUGCAGCUGAAAACGUGUUGUAUAAGUCGUCUGCUCAGACCCUUCUUCCUGUAUGAAACUUGUUUUUUGUACUGUCCUUCAUAUUUGGUUUUGAUCAGUUUGUUCUUUGUUUGGCUCUGCAUUGCUGUCAUUUAAUUUUAACGAAGGAAGUUUUAAUUGUUUUAAUGUUUUCAGCAAAAAUAAUGGUUUAAAAGUAAUUGAACACAUCGGGGUAUAUUUGUACAACUUUGCUGUUGGUUUUCAGUCUUGUUUAAUGGAAAAGCUUCAGCUCCUUAUGUUGUACACUAAAUAAAAAAUAUUGUGCAAGCUUUAGUUCUUAGAGAUAUGCUUGAAUUUUUGGGAGAAACUAACAAUUUUUUUAAUAAAAGCCUUUAAAAAAA